GGAAGGAGUCAAGGAGGAGGAAGCCAAAUCCAAUUUCGCCGUCGUCGCCGUCGUAUGUGGCUGCCCGCACCGUCGCGGGGAAAAUCGGACACCAUUAGUUGCCACCGCUCUUCAAAUCAAUUCUCCGAUUAUUUCUCUCGUUUCGCUCUCUUUUUUGCGCGCGGCACCUGGGCCGUGACAGAACAUUCUCGCCGACACCGUCGUCGGCCACAGGGAGAGCUUGGUGAGCUCGAUUUAUGGCCGGUUUCACGAAUUAAGCUGAAUCAGGAGGCGGGAAGGCGACAGAAGAACCUAGUUUGGAGGAGGAGGAAGAUGGAGCAGCAGCUUGGCUUCUCCUUCUUGUUCUCUUUCUGUUGAGAUUGAGUAUUUUGGGGGUGAAAAUUCAUGGCGGCCUCUGCCCAACACCGCUGCGUUUUUGUUGGGAACAUACCCUAUGAUGCAACUGAAGAGCAGCUCAUAGAAAUCUGCAGAGAGGUUGGCCCGGUUGUGUCUUUCAGAUUAGUUGUUGACAGAGAAACCGGAAAACCAAAGGGUUACGGGUUCUGUGAGUAUAAGGAUGAAGAGACAGCUCUCAGUGCUCGCCGUAACCUCCAGGGUUACGAGAUCAAUGGCCGGCAAUUGCGUGUAGAUUUUGCAGAGAACGACAAAAAUACUGAUAGAAACAAAGAACAGGGUAGACAAGCUUCUAAUACUGAUCCUAGGAGACAUGGAGGACCCCCUGCAAACAUUGCAGAUGCUACACAGCAUCAGCCAAUAGGUCUCCACAUAGCCAUGACCGCUGCCACUGUCAUGACUGGAGCUUUAGAUGCUACCCAGACAGCAGUGCAGCCGAAUCAGGCUGCUUUCCAGGGCCAGUCGGCAUUAACAAGUGACCCCUUGACACUUCAUUUGGCCAAGAUGUCUAGGAGUCAAUUGAACGAAGUUGUGACUGAGAUGAAGGUAAUGGCCACACAAAACAGGGAAGCAGCUCGUCAACUUUUACUUGAGAGGCCUCAAUUGCCAAAAGCCCUUUUUCAGGCACAAAUAAUGCUAGGAAUGGUCACCCCAGAAGUGCUGCAAAUGCCAAAUAUAAGAGCACCUUCAAGUCAACUGGGAUUACCUCCAUUGCAAGACACCCAGCAGGGUCAACAUGCCCUUCAGACAUUGACGGGGUCAGCCCCUCCUUCCCAGGGGACAUACCCUAUGACUCAAAUACCAGGUGGUCACUCAUCUGUAGUGCCUCUCAAUCCUUCAGUCCAAAACCAGGUUUCUGCAUCCUCAAUGCAUCCUAUGCAGCCUCCAAAUAAGACCCAUGUUCUUCCGCAAGCUCCAUUACCCGGGAAAUCUGUAGUCCCGCUACCUCUUCCUGCGCAACCUAUCACCAGAUCACAAAAUCAGGUGACGGUAGAUUCCUCGCUCUUACCCCAACAAAUUCAACAAUCCAUUGUACAGCAGCCAGGACAGUCUGGAGGUGGAAAUUACGGCUACAAAUCCCAAAUCGGUCUUCGUCCUUUUGUGUCAGAAACAUCAGCUAAGCCUGAGCCGCUGAUGUCAUCAGGCAUUUCAGAUCCUGGUCGCAUGGAUGCCCGUCCAGCUACUCAGGUUCCCCAUGAAGCUACAAGAUAUAACCGGAACAUGAGUUACAGGCAGGAUCCCAGGGAACCAAGUAAUCGCCCUACAAAGCUUCUGAAGUUGGACGAAGGCAGGAACAGGUCUUCCUCAAUUGGGGAACGUAACAUGGCCAACCACACCGAAUUUGGUCCAAGCCAAACGGUCCCAGCUAUUUCAGUGCCUACGAAGCCACUCCCCAAGCCAGAAGAGAAACAAGCACCUCAGCUUCCAUCAGAUGUGGAAUCUGCCCUGCUCCAGCAGGUGCUAAGCCUUACACCGGAGCAGUUGAGUUCAUUGCCACCGGAGCAGCAGCAACAGGUGAUUCAGCUCCAGCAAGCACUUAGACAGGAUCAGAUGCAGUCAUCAUAGCAGCAGGUAGUUGUCUUUUCCGCACUGUACUCCUACUGAGGAUUAUAGCCUGCUGCUGCUAUAUCAGCUUGUAACCUAUUCUUAUUAUGUAUGAUGAACUCCCAUUUCAGCGGUGAACCUCAGAACCUGCAAUUUUGUUUUUAUUUCACUUAGGGAAGAGGAGAAGGAGGGGAAAAAACGUAUCUUGUUCCAUCAAGUAGAGUCCUCCAUUUCAGCAUCGUAGAUAAGGGGGGUUGCCUUGUAGAAGAAGUUUUGCCUUUUGUACCAUUAUUGUUCAUUAGAGAUCUUAUAAUUAUUUGUUCUGCAACUUCUUUGGUGUUGGGUUUUGGGAUGGAAGUAAUAAAAGGUUAUUGUUGCU